AUGCCCCCAAAGAAAGAAAGCAGUGAAUAUAAACCAGGUAAUGAAAAGAAAGGUGCCACCCUUUUCAAAACCAGAUGUCUACAAUGUCAUACCGUAGAGGAAGGUGGUCCUCAUAAAGUGGGUCCCAACUUACAUGGUGUAUUCGGUCGUCACUCUGGGAAAGCUCCAGGUUACUCCUACACUGAUGCUAACGUGAAAAAGGAUGUAGAGUGGAAUGAACAGAAUAUGUCUGAUUAUUUAACAAACCCAAAGAAAUAUAUCCCAGGCACUAAGAUGGCGUUUGGUGGAUUAAAGAAGGAUAAGGAUAGAAACGAUUUGAUUACUUAUUUGAAGAAGGCCACUGAUUAG